AUACCGAAGGUCAUUGGCACAACUUCAAAACACAGGUCCGAAAAGGUACAAUGCUCAUUAUGUAGCAGUAAUGCAUAGCCAUGAACACCAAGUCUGGUUCACACAGUAAGCAUAGGCUAGGUCAGAAAGUUAUGUUAAGUCAGACUUUCUGAGGACGUAGCUGACGACAAGCUACAACAUCAAGUUAAUGAUACACGUUUAAUAUAAGUGCUGGAUGGAGAUACGAGUGUAACAUGAAAGUACAAGAGGAACAAGAUAGAAGGAUACAAGUGAUGUCAGCAAUCCUGGAUUGGGUGUUCCCUGCAGAGUAGUGAUAGUUAGUCCAGGUACAAGGACAAAGACAAAUGUGGUCUUCCUGACAUUCUGUUGGGAGGAAGUGUGAUAUUCAGAAAGGAAGAGACAUACACACAGCGCAGUUUUACCUCGUGUUUCUGAAGGUCCGCUCACUCCUCUCAAGAUGCUUUUGGGAUUUGUCUUCUUUUUCUUCUCCCUGGGAUACGUGACCUGCGCUGUGCCCAAUGUGAGCUGUACAAUCAUGAACUUGGAAUAUAUAGACUGCAGCUGGAGUGAAAAUGGGAUCCCAGAGUUCAACUAUACUUUCCAGAGCAGUUUGAAGAACAAAGACAGCUUCAGAGAGUGUCCCACCUACCUACAGGAGGGGGCACACACUGUGGGCUGCAGGCUACCUUAUGAAAAAGGCAAUAAGUUUGAUCGACUCUUCAGCAACCUGUCUUUGGACAACAGCUUCUCGUGGAAUGAGCAGGAAAUUGACCUUCAAAAUAGGGUGAAACUGAUGCCCCCCCACAAUCUGUCAGUAGAGAGGCAAAGUGGCUCUGAGCUGUGGCUGUACUGGAAUAUUAGUGCACCAAGCGACUGUAUGGAGAGUGAGGUGUCCUAUAGGAAGAACACUGACCAGGUGGAGAAAACAACCGGUGAAUUACCUGGCAAGUCUUUCAGCCUGCCCUUCCCAUCAGAGAACUACCGCUAUACUUUCCGAGUGAGAACCCGUGUGAUGGACUCUUGUUUCCGGUCCAACUGGAGUGCCUGGAGCACACCUGUGUACUGGGGUGAAAUAAAAGGGAAUAGUACAAGCACAGAACCAAAUGAUGGACACUCCAUGAACUGGCUGACAUUUGUGAUAGCAGUCGUGGGCUGUGUGCUGUUUGUCGCAGUUUUUGUUGGUUUCCUGUUUCAAAAUGAGAGGCUGAGGGUCAUCCUUAUUCCAAUUGUGCCAAAUCCUAGCAAGACCCUGGAUGAGCUUCUUUAUACCUACAACGGAAAUGUGGAGGACUGGCUCCAUAUCUCCCACGACUUUGUGGCAGGAUUCAAGCCCAACUUCUCUGAGCCUGCCUGUCCCGUGCAAGAGUACAGCCUCGUUCCUCAGACGAGCCUCAGUGGUUCAGAGGGUUCUCUUCCAGUUCUCUUUGAUGAAUCAGAUUGCCUGUACACAUCGUGCUCCACCUCUAAUUCCAGCAUACCUUCCUCACCCGCAAAUACACCACCUGGCUUGGUUUAAAAAAACCAAAAGCAAACCUAUUCCUCAUGGUGGACGAAGUACACAAAUCCUGUACGGAUACCCUUGCUAAAUAUUACUCCACUAGAAGUAUCUGUUUUUAAAAAUACUUAAGUAUCAAAAGUAAAAAGUACUAUUAUUUAGUAUAUUUAGGUUAUGUUUGUCAGGGGUUGCUGACAUGACAAACAAUUUUAAAAUACAGUAGGCAAACUAAAUUGUUCACCUCCUAACAUACUGUAUGUAAGAGUGAAAACUGGUAUAAAUACAAAUUCACAGUUUAAUUUAAAAAAAUGGAACAAAGGCACCAUCAAUUCCAAUAUUUCACUAUCAAAUCAAGACAUAUUGAGGUUUCCUGGCGACUUAAGGUCUUUCCACACCAAGGACGUGACGAAUGAACGACACGAAAAUGCGAAUAAUAUCGAAUUUUGACGCGCCUGACUAUUCACAUCAAGCGCGACUUGAUACAUUAUUAAAGGUUCUAAAAAAA